ACGGUGGCUGGGUUUUGUGGGAGCAACUUUACAUUCCGUGUUUGUCAGCGUGAAGUAAGGUGACGGCACGGCAGUCGUACGUGCGAGUGGUCAGCGGGGAGUGUUCAACGUGGAAUGCGCAGCAACGCCUAUCAACAGCUGAUCAAACGUGUGGCGGCGCCAGCUACGUAGUUGUGACGUAAUGAGCGGGGAAAGGGGGCUGCGCCUCUUUUUAAAUUUGCCACUUGCUAUCACAGUAGCAGUUGCGUGCCUUUACCAAUCGGGCCGAGUCAUCUGUUCCAGCCUGGUGGUCUGUGGAGUUGUAUUGGGGACUUCUCUCUGGUGACGAGAACAGCAGUGCAUAGGCAUCGCAACUGCUGCGUACUGACAGAUUCAGGUGAUGUUUACCUUCUACACACCUGGCCACACGGAAAGGGCCUCGUGUUUUCAAACUCAACAUUUCAUUUGCUUAGUAUAGAGGCAUGCUGCUUUCACGUUCGUGUGGCUGGGACGUGAACAGCCGAUCCCCAGAUAGAGGCUUGUCCGUCUGCAAGUGUUGUGUCACUUAAUCCUCAACACGAGGAUCAUGUGUGUCAAAAAGACAAAGGAAGGUGUCGACAGACUCAUCAGUCGUUGGACAGAUUACAGGGAAGGAAGAUACAAAGCUAAUCAUGAAAGCGGUUAUAUUUUACAGAUCAAAGAAAGCCAGAGCUUGGAGAAUGGCGAGCCUUUGUAGCGGGCAGCCACUUGGGGCGUAGGAGGAGGUGAGACAAGAGCGCGGGGGAAACGGCAAGGAGGGAGGGUACCUGACCAGUGUCGCCAGUAUCGUUACUUCCGUCACCAAGCGCCCUUUGCCUCUUUCCAGCUAUGGCCCAGGUGUCGAACUCCACGCCGUCGUGCUACCGGCCCAAGCCCAUGAUGACUCAGAAACCGGCCGACGGCAGCAUGCAUUUUAACAUCAUGAAGCACCCGAAGGAGGCCAUGGAAGUCAUGAACACCCUUCGUCGCGCGCGCAAACUGUGCGACGUAUCGUUGGUGGUGGGCACGGAGACGCUGGCGGCCCACAAGCUGGUGCUGGCCGCCGCCUCGCCCUACUUCAAGGCAAUGUUCACAGGUGGGAUGCGUGAAGAGGAGAUGUCUUCCAUCCCUCUGCACGGCAUCUCACCCUGCACCCUGGCCAUGCUGAUCGACUUCGCGUACACGGCGGAGAUCCGCAUCUCAGAAUCCAACGUGUGCAUGCUGCUUCGCGCUGCCACCAUGUUCCAGAUGUCGCACGUGGUGGAGGCCUGCAGCGUCUUCCUGGAGCACCAGCUGGACCCCAGCAACUGCAUCGGCAUCGCCGAGUUCGCUGCUGAGCACGGAUGCAUGGAGCUGGAACAGAAGGCGCGCAAGUACAUCCACAACCACUUCUGUGAGGUCAUCAAGAGCGACGAGUUCCUGACCCUCACUUACUGCCAGGUCAUCGCCCUUCUCAAGCAAGACGAGCUGAACGUGCGGUGCGAGACGGAGGUAUACCAGGCCGUCAUGCGGUGGGUGCAGCACGAACUGGACAAGCGCCUGUGCAAGCUGGAGUCGCUCUUGUCCGCCGUGCGCUUGACUAGCCUGGCCCCGUGCUUCCUGGAACGGCAGCUGCAGCACUGCCCGAUUCUUAAAAAGCGACCACAGUGUUUACAGACGCUGUCGGAGAAGCUGAAGAAGCUUAAACUGCACGAGCCGGGAUGCGAUCCGCCACGUAAGCCCUGCUCCCCGCAGGUCAUCUUCUGCGCCGGCGGCUACUUGAGACAGUCGCUGAGCAACUUUGAAUGCUUCAACCCCAAAACGCGGCAGUGGCAGCGCCUGCCGGACUUGUCUACGCCGCGCAGCGGGCUGGGCGCCUGUAUCGUGCGCGGCGCCAUGUACGUGGUGGGCGGUCGUAACAACUCUCCGGAUGGCAACAUGGACUCCAACGCCCUCAACAUGUACGACGCUUUGCGCAAUAUGUGGGUGCCUCGCUGCCCCAUGACCGUGCCCCGUAACCGCGUGGGCGUCGGAGUCAUCGACAACAUGAUCUACGCGGUAGGGGGUUCGCAGGGCCAGGCGCACCACAACUCGGCGGAAAGGUAUGACCCAGAAAUGGAUACUUGGACACCCAUCUGCAGCAUGUCUACUCGACGUAUUGGAGUAGGCUGUGCAGUGUUGAACCGCCUCCUCUUUGCUGUGGGUGGCUUUGAUGGGCAGAAUCGCCUAAGCAGCGUGGAAUGCUAUGAUCCUGAACGGGAUGAGUGGACAACAGUAGCGUCCAUGAACACAAUGAGGAGUGGGGCAGGUGUCAUUUCCAUGGACAACUAUGUUUAUGCUGUUGGGGGCUACGACAGCAACUGCCAGCUGCGCACUGUGGAGCGCUUCAGUCCAGAGGCCAACAGAUGGGAAUUUGUCUCCCCCAUGAACAGCCCCCGCUCUGCACUAAGCGUAGCUGUUGUGUGCAAUAGGCUGUAUGCAUUAGGGGGUUAUGAUGGCACAGACUUUUUGACUUCGGUUGAAUGUUACAACCCAGAUACAAAUGAGUGGACAGAAGUGACAAACAUGCCAUGUGGCCGCAGUGGUCAUGGAGUAGCGGUAGGGGCAGAACCUCCACUCAGAUAAUGUCACCAUGAGUGCCUCCUGGGACUUGGACAGCAAUGAUCUCCCAGGGGCACCAAUGUUAUAGAACCAUAAAUCCCAGGAUGGAACAGUGCUUGUCAUCUCACGUUUAUGCCAAAGUUUGAAAGGUUGCCGGUGGUGAUGACAGAGGACCUAUAGGACAAAAUUGUCCUUAACAAACAUACGUUUACACUUUGAUAUUGUUGUAAAAUGUAUGACUUCUUUGCUCCACGAAUAGGAUGUGUGUAUGCUGGUGUGUGGUUCUUUGUUUUUUUUAUCAAAUGGAAUGAUUUUUUAAAAAGUGAACUGUUGAAUCAUGGGGAAAGGGUAAAUUUACUGUUGAUGAUCUGGUGUAUGGGUGGUGUUUUGAAAAUACUCUACCCUGACUUGGCUAGUGCUGCACCUUUUACCUGGCAGCUUGAAAAUAGAUGAUUUGGUCACACAACUAUUUCAGUGAAACUUUCCCCAUGUUUUAUAUUGCAAAAUAAAUAACUAAGCCCUAUGUCACAUUUUGGGUGAAUCUGUACAUGGUAGCUCUCCUAACUGGUCCCUUUAGUGAGGAACCGCCACUCACCCUCUGCAGCUAAAGAGAUCAGUUCUUCCACUCGGAUUGUUUGUGCCCUGCACGUAGCAUGGACAUACAUCCUAAAGACUCAUGGCAAAUUUUUUUUUUCUUCAACUCAAACCUCCUCAACAUUCACUGCUUGAAGAAUUCUGUGGCAAUGGUGCUUGUUGCUGAAAUAGUUUGAAUACAUCCACUUGACUAUGAAGGUGAUGUUGAGUCAAGGUGAGAGACUCGGGGAACUGAAAAAGACUGAAGAAUGUUCUGGUUCUGUAUCAUAGCCAAUGUCUUUCACAAUCAUCUUGUUUUCUCCUCAUUUUUUUCUUCUUUGAUAUUUUUUCACCCUCAUUAAUGUUUACAUUUUGCAAAUGUCUACACAAAUAUAGAUAAGUUAGUGCUCCUUAAAAUUUUUAUUUCACACAGAUGUAUUUUAAGACUUAACACUAAAACAGAUUCAGUUUGUGAAACCAUAAUUUAUCCUUCAUUAUUUUUUAAGCUCAUAUUUAUUUUGUUCUGUCUCUCUGGUUUUACUGGUGUUUGUUUAAAUAUCCAGGGUCAAAUAUCUAAAUAUUAUCAGAUGCAUAUAGUUCUUGUAUAGUUCUUUGUAGGUUGCAUUUGUGGGCAUGCAUGCUUGUGCAUAUGGGUAUGUGUGUUUUGACUUGGUCCUAAGGUUUUGUAUACAUGAUUUUCUAGUAGAUAAGUUGUUUCCACUGCACAGCUUUUAUUUUAAAAUUACAACAAAAAAAUCUCUUAAGCUUUAUAAUCCAAUCAGACAGUAAACACUAAUUUCCUAAGCUAUUAGUCCAAUCUUGGGAUAGGUCAUACAUUAAGCUAAAUAUGUUGAAUCUUUUGUGCAUGACAUUCCUAUGAUCUUCCCAAGAAUGAGAGAUGUGUCACCUGAAGACGUCAGUUUUGUGUCUGGUUUAGCUCAAGUGGGUCACUUAAAACUCAUUUUCUUGUCUCAUUUGGUGGGAGUGGAAAGCAUGACUGGUGAAACUGUCACCAUAGAGAGACUGGAACUACACUGCUUCAGAGACUGCAGCUGAGUAAUCUUCUGCUUCUUUGUAAUGUCCUUUGCAUUUUUUAAGAGAACCGAUUGUCCCCACUCCCUCUUCUUAAAGAAAAAAAAAAAGACAACACUUGCGUCUAGCAGUGUCUCUGUUAUUCAUGUGUAAUUGUGCUUUUCAGUCUAGGUUAUAGCUAACUGCUGUUUGUGUACUGCCAGUGUCUAGCUAGGUACACAUUCCCGGUAAGUGUGAGUGUCCAUUACUGCAAUAUUCAGUAUUUUUACUGAUUUGUUGCUAUCAGAAUACAUGCUUUUGAAUUUUCAACAUGAGGAAAGGGAGUAAUAUGUAGAAAAUGAACUGAAAUUUGGACUUUUUUUUUUUUUUUGAAAGUUCAUUGAAAAUUAUUGUUUCUCAUACCAACUGUAAGAUUUUGGUUGGUGCUAUUUGGUUGUUUAGCAUGACAUUUGGCGUUUUGUUUUAGCUUUCUUUCACACCCUUUGUGUUUGUUUCUUGUUCAGUACUUAAGAUUUUACUGAAGCACCUGCUAAUAUGCUUUAGCUAUUAAGACCUUUCUUGUACAAGAGUACGGCUUCCUUGGCUGUUCUGAACUUUUUGACCAUCACAUUUGGCUAACUGGUUGAAUUAAGUUUUUUGGGCUUCAUCUGCUUCAUCAUGGUACAUUGUCAGUUUGCAAGAAGGCAUCUUUGUUGUUGAAUGUUAUUUUGGUCUUUCAUAUCCCAUCAUCAGGGAGUUCAGACUCUUGCCAUUUUGUGUUCUAUUUGGCCAGUGUUAAGAUUUCCUUAGAAAUAUAGACAUCACAUUUCUAUUAGUAUAGGGAAUAAUCUUGCAGGUGUAUGUUUUGAUGCAUACAGUUUUUAUAUAUUUUAUGUCCCUUCUGCAGGAUGAGAAUCAGAUAUUACGUGCAGUUAACCAUGUACAGUUCUCUUUCACUGCUACUGCACUUUGUGACCAGGUACACCUCAGUAGUAUAUUUUAGGUCUUGGUUGUGACAUGUACUCAGUCUCCGAUAGUCCCACAUUGUGAGAUAAGGGUUUGUGUUGCAUGUUGUCAUUGUUUACAGAACAUUCAGACCUUAGUGAGUGUGUGCCAACAUGCAUGAAGGUGGUGUGAGGAAAAAAGUAUCCAUUCUUCCAGCUGUUCCUCAUCAGCUGUGGAGAUACCUAGUCUUAUCUCUCUGCUGUUGUGCAAAAACAUAAGAAGACAGCUAUUCUGCAGAGGACAGAAAAUUUCCAUAUUACAAUUAUGCGAUUUGCAUGCUUCUUGUACUUUUUCCAUACUUUUCUUAAUUUGUGAGGCACUGAACAGCUUUCAAUUGAAAACAUUUCUACUGUAGGCAGUAUGUACAUAAAGGGAAAAAUAAUUCCACCAAUCAGUGUCACUUCUUCAAAUUCUACAGUAUUCAGCUGCAUUUUUUUUUUUUUUAAAAUUUGGAACACUGAAGUUUAGCAGGAGACAUUAUUUAAGUGGAUACUAAUUUGUAGAACAGAGAACCGGUCACUUGGGAAGCUUUUGCUACCGAGAUUGUUGCCCCUUACUCCACAUGAACAGAUGUGGAAUGCAUGGUAUAAACCAAAGUAAAUGUUUGUCAAUAGUCUGAGAUGUUCAAAUAUAACAGCAUCAAGUGACAGAAGUGAAGAAAAUAAUGUUGAUAACAUGUGACUUAUAAAUUUCAGAACGAUUGCUACUGCGUGCUAUAUAUCAAUGUAAUUCUUUUAUCACCUACGUUCGUGCUUACCACAAGCGUUUGGGGUAUUCUGGCCCUGUUUACAAGUGUGUUUAUAAAAUACUUCUUGGAGUGUGGUUGUAUUUCAAACAUUUGUUUGCAGACAAAAACCUACGCUGUAAGAUGUGCAUGUGUUUAACAUUUCCCAUGCGCAUUUGAGAAAGCAAGACAUGUUCGCUUCGGACAGUUUUCUUGGACCCAUCCUUGUAUUCUGAUGUGACUGCGUUAAAAGCUGGACAGUGGAAGCUUGUGUUGCUAUUGGCCUGCUAUGUGAGAAGUAUGAGUAAUAACUGUCUUUACACUGUU